UUCCUUGCGGAGUAUUUUAAGUGACACUCCCGCUGCAAGAAGACCGCGGACUUUUUUUGUUUGUUUCCUUGCGUAUCUAGUUUACGCGUUACUACUUGCGAUCUUGUUUUCACACGAUACAGUUUUAUUUGUCGCCGAAUGAAAAUGUUACGCUUUGAUGUAUAAAGGGAGCAUUAGGACAAUCACAAUGAAUCUCGACAGACUUCGACAACGUGUACGACACUACAUUGAUCAGCAACAGUAUCAAAGCGCUUUAUUUUGGGCAGAUAAGAUUGCAUCCCUGUCUCAUGAAGACCCCCAGGAUAUCUACUGGCUAGCACAGUGCCUUUACCUCACCUCCCAGUACCACAGAGCCUCCCAUGCCCUCCGCUCACGGAAACUAGAUCAGUUGUAUGGUGCGUGUCAAUAUCUCGCUGCUAGAUGCCACUAUGCUGCCAAAGAGUUCCAGCAGGCCUUAGACAUCCUGGACAUGGAGGAGCCAGCCAGCAAGAAGCUGCUGGACCAGACUGUCAAAGAGGACCACGGGAUACAACAGUCGCCCAAGGACUGGGAGAUGAGCCCUGCCUCUAUCGACAGUUCUAUUUGUCUGUUGCGGGGGAAGAUCUAUGAUGCUAUGGACAACCGGCCUCUGGCCACGUCCAGCUACAAAGAGGCCUUGAAACUGGACGUGUACUGCUUUGAAGCCUUCGACCUUCUAACGUCCCAUCACAUGCUGACCGCUCAGGAAGAAAAGGACUUCCUGGACUCACUUCCUCUGAGCCAACAGUGCACUGAGGAGGAAGACGAAUUACUUCACUUCCUGUUUGAGAAUAAAUUGAAGAAGUAUAACAAACCCAGUGAUAUGGUGGUCCCAGAGAUGGUCAACGGUCUCCAGGACAACUUGGAUGUGGUGGUCUCCAUCGCAGAGAGGCAUUAUUACAACUGCGACUUCAAAAUGUGCUACAAACUCACAUCCAUGGUGAUGGUGAAAGACCCAUUCCAUGCCAACUGUUUACCUGUUCAUAUAGGAACACUGGUGGAGCUCAGCAAAGCAAAUGAACUGUUUUACCUUUCACACAAGCUUGUGGACUUGUAUCCCAACAACCCAGUCUCUUGGUUUGCUGUGGGAUGCUACUAUCUAAUGGUCGGUCACAAAAAUGAACACGCUCGUAGAUAUCUCAGCAAGGCAACAACUCUGGAGCGGACGUACGGUCCGGCAUGGAUCGCCUACGGUCACUCGUUUGCGGUGGAGAGUGAACACGACCAGGCCAUGGCUGCUUACUUCACCGCUGCGCAACUGAUGAAGGGGUGCCAUCUCCCUCUGUUGUACAUAGGGCUGGAGUAUGGCCUUACUAACAACUCUAAACUGGCCGAGCGCUUCUUCAGCCAGGCCUUGAGCAUCGCACCAGAAGACCCCUUUGUCAUGCACGAGGUGGCCGUGGUAGCCUUCCAGAACGGAGACUGGAAAACAGCCGAGAAGUUGUUCCUGGAUGCCAUGGACAAGAUCAAAGCCAUUGGGAACGAGGUGACCGUGGACAAGUGGGAGCCUCUCCUGAACAACCUGGGUCACGUUUGUCGAAAACUGAAGAAGUAUGACCAGGCGUUGGAGUACCACCGCCAGGCCCUGGUUCUCAUCCCUCAGCACGCCUCAACCUACUCGGUCAUCGGAUAUGUGCACAGCCUCAUGGGAGACUUCGAGAGCGCCAUCGACUACUUUCACACGGCACUCGGUCUUAAAAGAGAUGACACGUUUUCUGUGACUAUGCUCGGCCACUGCAUUGAGAUGUACAUUGGAGACACGGAUGCCUACAUAGGUCAAACUUCCUACAUGGGAACGGACAUAAAGGACAAAGUCCGUGGAACGCUGAGCACGCCAGUGUUGAUGAAGAUGCUGAACAUGUCAACGGAACCCAGUGACGCUCGAGCCACACCACUUCUGGAGGAGAGCGACAUCAUGGUCCUAGAGACGUUGCCGUCCAAUCAGGACAAGGCCUCGUUGGACACGCCCCUUCGGCGCUCGCUGCCCCUGGAGUGUGACAUGUACGAGAGCGACAUGAUGCUUGAGACCUCGAUGUCGGACACCAGCACGUAAUGUCACUGACAUGAUCGUCGUAGUGACCAGUUGUGGGACCAAUUCCAAACCAGACCUUUGGCACUUAUCUUUAGGUUUCUUGUCGACUUCCCCUCUUUGGGAUUUGAAAUGAUUGGAUUGGUGUAGCUUAAGCGGUGGGGAACAACCUGGGUCUCGCUUAAUAGAAUGUAAGGCAGAGUUUUUAGCAUAAAUUUGAGCUCUAGUCCAACUGGUUUUCUACCGUAUAGUAAAAUUACAUUUUUUUGCGGCUGAAUUAAUAUUGCUCCCGGUAAUCCAGUCCUUUCAGAUUCCCAAGGGCCCAGGGAUGUGGGGUGAGUGAUUGGUUUGGAAUAGGGCCUCAGGUAGGUAGUUUGAAGAAGUGGGGAAAGCAGAGACAUUGUCCUCGGAUGCUUGACUGAACGGAAUGAAUGCAGCCGCAACAUCUUUUGAGCUCCAACUGACUGCCCCGUAUCCCUGCCUCCUAGCAGGAACAUGUGGGAUGCUUACCUCUGGAUUUUUACUUUGAAUAAACAAAACUGUCUGAAUGCCAGAACUUUUUGAUGAAAAUAUUGUUGGUAAUUCCUACAAUAAACCAUGCAUUUAUCUUUUUA